UUUCGCCCGCGCUGCGCCGCCUGGUUGCUCCUCCCGUGCGGUGAGUCCCGAAGGCCCGGAGCCGAGUGGGUCUGGGCAAGCGGGGCCUCACCUAGGGAUACCACCGGAAUUGGAUCGGAGCAGCCUUCAGGGGACGUGGCGCAGUCGAAGUCUCGCUGUGACGCCCAGGCUGGAGUGCAAUGGCGUGAUCUUGGCUCACUGCAACCUCCGCUUCCUUAGUUCAAGUGAUUCUCCAGGCUCAGCCUCCCAAGUAGCUGGGAUUACAGGUGCACACCACCACGACCGGCUAAUUGUUUUUGUAUUUCUAGUAGAGUUGGGGUUUCACCACAUUGGCCAGGCUGGUUUUGAACUCCUGACCUCAUGUGAUCUACCUGCCUUGGCCUCCCAAAGUGCUGGGAUUGCAGGUGUGAACCACUGCGCCCGGCUGGUUAUCAAGUUUUAAGGAGGAUACCUGAGCUGCUAGUUUUACAAGAAAACAGAGCCACCAUGGGGACGACGGCCCCAGGGCCCAUUCACCUGCUGGAGCUAUGUGACCAGAAGCUCAUGGAGUUUCUCUGCAACAUGGAUAAUAAGGACUUGGUGUGGCUUGAGGAGAUCCAAGAGGAGGCCGAGCGCAUGUUCACCAGAGAAUUCAGCAAAGAGCCAGAGCUGAUGCCCAAAACACCUUCUCAGAAGAACCGACGGAAGAAGAGACGGAUUUCUUAUGUUCAGGAUGAAAACAGAGAUCCCAUCAGGAGAAGGUUAUCCCGCAGAAAGUCUCGGAGCAGCCAGCUGAGCUCCCGACGCCUCCUCAGCAAGGACAGUGUAGAGAAGCUGGCUACAAUGGUGGGGGAGAACGGCUCCGUCCUGCGGCGUGUGACCCGUGCUGCGGCUGCGGCUGCCGCGGCUACCAUGGCAUUGGCUGCACCUUCUUCACCCACCCCUGAGUCUCCCACGAUGCUGACUAAGAAGCCCGAGGAUAACCACACCCAGUGCCAGCUGGUGCCUGUGGUGGAGAUCGGCAUCAGUGAGCGCCAGAAUGCUGAGCAGCAUGUCACCCAGCUCAUGUCCACCGAGCCUCUGCCCCGCACUCUGUCCCCGACUCCGGCUUCAGCCACAGCUCCAACCUCCCAGGGCAUCCCGACAUCGGAUGAGGAAUCAACACCUAAGAAGUCAAAGGCCAGGAUACUGGAGUCCAUCACAGUGAGCUCCCUGAUGGCUACACCCCAGGACCCCAAGGGUCAAGGGGUCGGGACAGGGCGGUCUGCGUCUAAGCUCAGGAUUGCGCAGGUCUCCCCUGGCCCACGGGACUCGCCAGCCUCUCCAGACUCUCCAUGGCGGGAGCAGGUGCUGGCUCCCAUCCUGCCGGAUAACAUCUCCACGCCCAUGGGCUCUCACACGGACUCUCAAUCGGUGCGGCACAGCCCGAUCGCCCCGUCUUCCCUGAGUCCCCAAGUCUUAGCCCAGAAGUACUCUCUGGUGGCCAAACAGGAAAGUGUUGUCCGCAGGGCGAGCAGAAGGCUUGCCAAGAAGACUGCCGAAGAGCCAGCUGCCUCUGGCCGCAUCAUCUGUCACAGUUACCUGGAGAGGCUCCUGAAUGUUGAGGUGCCCCAGAAAGUUGGUUCUGAGCAGAAGGAACCCCCCGAGGAGGCUGAGCCUGUGGCGGCAGCUGAGCCAGAGGUCCCUGAGAACAACGGAAAUAACUCGUGGCCCCACAAUGACACGGAGAUUGCCAACAGCACACCCAACCUGAAGCCUGCAGCCAGCAGCCCGGAAACACCCUCUGCAGGGCAGCAAGAGGCCAAGAUGGACCAAGCAGAUGGACCUAGAGAGCCACCGCAGAGUGCCAGGAGGAAGCGCAGCUACAAGCAGGCCGUGAGUGAGCUGGACGAGGAGCAGCACCUGGAGGAUGAGGAGCUGCAGCCCCCCAGGAGCAAGACCCCUUCCUCGCCCUGCCCAGCCAGCAAGGUGGUGCGGCCCCUCCGGACCUUUCUGCACACAGUGCAAAGGAACCAGAUGCUCAUGACCCCGACCUCAGCCCCACGCAGCGUCAUGAAGUCCUUUAUUAAGCGCAACACUCCCCUGCGCAUGGACCCCAAGGAGAAGGAGCGGCAGCGCCUGGAGAAUCUGCGGCGGAAGGAGGAGGCCGAGCAGCUGCGCAGGCAGAAGGUGGAAGAGGACAAGCGGCGGCGGCUGGAGGAGGUGAAGCUGAAGCGUGAGGAACGCCUCCGCAAGGUGCUGCAGGCCCGCGAGCGGGUGGAGCAGAUGAAGGAGGAGAAGAAGAAGCAGAUUGAGCAGAAGUUUGCUCAGAUUGACGAGAAGACUGAGAAGGCCAAGGAGGAGCGGCUGGCAGAGGAGAAGGCCAAGAAAAAGGCGGCGGCCAAGAAGAUGGAGGAGGUGGAAGCGCGCAGGAAGCAGGAGGAGGAGACGCGUAGGCUCAGGUGGCUGCAGCAGGAGGAGGAAGAGCGGCGGCACCAAGAGCUACUGCAGAAGAAGAAGGAAGAGGAGCAGGAGCGGCUGCGGAAGGCGGCCGAGGCUAAGCGGCUGGCAGAGCAGCGGGAGCAGGAGCGGCGGGAGCAGGAGCGGCGCGAGCAGGAGCGGCGAGAGCAGGAGCGGCGCGAGCAGGAGCGGCGCGAGCAGGAGCGACAGCUGGCAGAGCAGGAGCGUCGGCGGGAGCAGGAGCGGCUCCAGGCCGAGAGGGAGCUGCAGGAGCGGGAGAAGGCCCUGCGGCUGCAGAAGGAGCGGCUGCAGAGGGAACUGGAGGAGAAGAAGAAGAAGGAAGAGCAGCAGCAUCUGGCUGAGCGGCAGCUGCAGGAGGAGCAAGAGAAGAAAGCCAAGGAGGCAGCAGGAGCCAGCAAGGCCCUGAAUGUGACUGUGGACGUACAGUCUCCAGCUUGUACCUCAUAUCAGAUGACUCCGCAAGGGCACAGGGCCCCUCCCAAGAUCAACCCAGAUAACUAUGGGAUGGAUCUGAAUAGCGACGACUCCACCGAUGAUGAGGCCCAUCCCCGGAAGCCCAUCCCCACCUGGGCCCGAGGCACCCAGCUCAGCCAGGCUAUCAUUCACCAGUACUACCACCCACCGAACCUUCUGGAGCUCUUUGGAACCAUUCUCCCACUGGACUUGGAGGAUAUCUUCAAGAAGAGCAAGCCCCGCUAUCACAAGCGCACCAGCUCUGCUGUCUGGAACUCACCACCCCUGCAGGGCGCCAGGGUCCCCAGCAGCCUGGCCUACAGCCUGAAGAAGCACUGAGGCUGGCCUGCGGCCUUCUUGGCAGCCUCGCCUCCUGUCCGUGUCUAUCUGUCUGUCUGUCGGUCUCUGUCUUGGUCUGUUGCCCUCCUUCUUGGCAUGCCAUUGUGGAGGGCUUGGCCAGGUGUAUAUAAACGUCCUCUGUGCUGGGUGUUUCUGCUGCAGGUAGCAGGUGGCCCCAGGCCUGUUUGGAGGAUGGGCGGGUGGGGAAGAAAUGGGCUCAGCCCCACAUGGCCUGCAGACAGUGCUCUGUAAAUAGUUGUUUUAAUUUAGCUGAAUGUUAGCAUUUUAGUCUUUGGCAUUUUGGCGUUUGGGAGGUAGAUUAAUAAAGUAUAUUCCUUCAAGCCUGCUGUUGAUACCAUGAAGACUGGGCGCCUCAGUCCCGGCCCUGUAGCUGUGUGUCUUGGGCCACCAGUGGCCUGUAGGACGAAGGUACUCUUCCAUCACCUGCGGUGUGCCUCAGGAUCACCAGGUGCAGGCCCCCACCCUCGGAGAUGCUGCUGCAGUGAGUGGUUCCACUGCCUGGAUGACCCUUGAGGAACACUUCAGUUACUGUCACGAUGGGGCAGGUGGAGCUCCUUCCUAUUUUUUGGGGUGCUCCCUGUUUGUAAAGGGGAGUUUGUUCACUGGGAAAGACCUGGGUCUUGACACGGCCCUGCCACUUAGUCCCCUACCCUCUCCAUUCCCCAGGCUCCACCCGUGCUGCUCAGGUGCAAAUGGACUUGAGAACACCUAUGUGCUGGUGAAGCAUGAGGUCUGAGUAGAAAAGGGGUAUCCCUUGAGACCACCUUGGGACCAGUGCUUACAAGCAGCGAGAUAUUUCCCCAGCAAAACCAGGCAGCUGCUAAUUAAAUGCUUAGAACCAAUGAAAGCUGGCUGUGGUCCUGCCUAUGAGCUGCCUCCUGCUGCCUUCUGAAUGCAUGUAUCUGCUACUCUAGCCCCGGGUUGCCAAACUAUGGCCUGUGGGCCAAAUCCAGCCACAGUCAGUUCUUUAAAGUUUUAUCGCAACACAAGCAAUGGAAAUGCCCAUUUCCAUUGUUGUCUCCAGUUGCUCUGCUCCGAGGGCAGUGAUAAGUUGUGCAGCAGAGGCCCCUCCAUGCAAAGCUGAAUAUGUUUACUAUUUGAACUUUUUCAGAAGUUCUGCUUAAGGACAAAAUAAAGCCUAAAUCCAAGAACACUUAAAAAUGAGGAAAUAGUGAACACAAUAGAUGGAAGUCUGGAAGUUUCUACCCAUGCCAAGAAAAGCAUUUUAUGUUUUGUUCAAAUAUGUUGUGCGAUUCAAAUUCUUUUCCCUAUAUUCUCUGACUAGACACUUGUACUGAGUCAAUUGGCGAGUGUGUCUGUCUAAAACCACAAUAUCAAAAUAUCACUUAAAGCAUCUUUACAUAGUGUGUUUAAGAAAAAGUUGUUAUUCAGCAGAAAGGUAAUUCCAAUUGGUCUACAUAUUUAUCAGCACUUGGUAUUGUCUGUUUCUUAUUUUAGCCAUUCUGAUAGGUGUGUACUGAUAUCUAAUCAUGGCUUUAAUUUGAAUUUCCCUAAUGGCUGAUGGUGAACAUCUUUUCAUGUGCAUUUCUGUCAUCUGUAUGUCUUUGGUGAAGAGUCUUCAAAUCUUUUGUUCAUCUUAAAAUUGGAUUGUUAUAUUACCGUUGGGUUUAAGAAUCUACAUAUUAUGGAUACAAAUAUGUUGUCAGAUAUGUGCUUUGCAGCAUUUUCUCCCAGUCUGUAGCUUGUCUUUAAAAAAAUUUUCUUUUUUUAGAGAUGGGAUCUUGCUACAUUGGCCAGGCUGGUCUCGAACUCCUGGCCUGAAGUGAUCCUUCUGCCUUGGCCUCCCAAAAUGCUGAGAUUGUAGGCAUGAGCUGCCAUGCCUAGCCCAGCUUGUCUUUUUGUUUACUUACCAGUGUUUUUCACAGAACAAAAAUUUUAAUUUGAUGAAGUCCAAUUAAUUAAAUUUUCAAAAUAGAGUGUGAUUUUUUUGUCAUGUCUAAGAAACUAUUGUCUAGUCCUAGGUCCUAAUUCUCCUUUGUUUUCUUCUAAAUGUUUUAUUAUUUUACAUGUUAACGUUUAGAUUUAUGAUCUAUUUUGAGUUAAGUUUUUUUUAAGUAUGAGGUUUAUGUUUUUUGUUUGUGUUUAGGAGCAUAUGGAUGGAUGUCUAGUUGUUCCAGCACCAUUUGUUGGAAAGACUAUCCUUUCUCUGCUUAAUUUCUUUUAUAUCUUUGUCAGGAGUUAGCCAUAUUGGUAUGGGUCUAUUUCUAGACUUUUUAUUUUCUCCCAUUGAUCUGUACAUCUCUCCUUUUGCCAAUACCACAUAAGUCAAGAUGACUAUAGCUUUGUAAUAAGUAUUAAAAUCUGGUAAUAUAAUUCUUCCAAUUUUA